AUGCCACCAGAUGUUGCUCAGUCAGUGGAACAGAAUCAGAAGAAGGAUACGAAGGAGGCGGCAUGGAGCAGCAAACGAGCAAAGAAGCAGCAACAUGCAACAGCGCCAUCGGCGUCGGCAUCAUCUUCAGCAGCGGACAGCUCAGGCACCGGCAGGAUGCACACAGAGGAACAUCGAGAGCCGCCCUACUUUAUGGAUGAGGAAGGACAUGUUUGGAAGCAAAGUAUUGUCAACGGACCAACAACAUAUUUGGGACGUAUCACUGAAGUGCGCAAAGGGCAGAAAGGCCAUUCUAUAGCAGUACGUUGCCAACAUCACACCAACUGCAGCGUCCUCAAGACGGCUAAUGCUUUUGCACCUCGUGGACACCUGACAUAUGACAUGCUGAUGCAGUGGCUCUUCAUUGGACCUGACCGGGUUCCUAACCGCACAGACGCAGCUGCCCACAGGACCUUGUUUCACGCAAUAGCAGCGGCUUAA